AGCAAGCAAGCGAGCAAGCCCGCGUCCCGAGCGUCCUCCCGGUGCGCACCGAGCGGCGGCGGCAAGAUGCGCGGCGGCGGCGCGGUGGGCGCGCUCCUGGCCUCGCUGCUCUGGGUGGCUGUGCACUGCCACCAGAGAGGCCUAUUCCCUGCCAUUCUCAAUCUGGCCAGCAGUGCUCACAUCAGCACCAAUGCCACCUGUGGUGAGAGGGGACCUGAGAUGUUCUGCAAACUCGUGGAGCACGUGCCUGGCCGACCUGCACGGAACGCACAGUGCCGGGUCUGUGAUGGCAACAGUGCGAACCCCAGAGAACGCCACCCAAUAUCAAAUGCGAUUGAUGGCACCAAUAACUGGUGGCAAAGUCCCAGUAUUCAAAAUGGACGAGAGUAUCACUGGGUCACCAUCACUCUGGACUUGAGACAGGUCUUUCAAGUUGCGUAUGUGAUCAUUAAAGCUGCCAAUGCCCCACGACCCGGAAACUGGAUUUUGGAGCGUUCUGUGGAUGGCACCACGUUCAGCCCCUGGCAGUACUACGCAGUCAGUGACACAGAGUGUUUGACACGCUAUAACAUAACUCCAAGACGGGGGCCACCCACCUACAGAGCUGAUGAUGAAGUGAUCUGCACCUCCUAUUACUCCAGACUGGUGCCACUGGAACAUGGAGAGAUUCACACGUCCCUCAUCAAUGGCAGACCAAGUGCUGAUGAUCUGUCACCCAGGUUGCUGGAAUUCACCUCUGCACGUUACAUCCGCCUUCGCCUGCAGCGCAUCCGCACGCUUAAUGCAGACCUCAUGACCCUCAGCCACAGGGACCCCAAAGACCUCGACCCUAUAGUCACAAGACGUUAUUUCUAUUCGAUAAAAGACAUUUCUGUUGGAGGAAUGUGUAUUUGCUAUGGCCAUGCUCGUAGCUGCCCAUGGGAUGAAACCACAAAGCAACUCCAGUGUCAGUGUGAACACAACACCUGUGGGGAGAGCUGUGACAGGUGCUGUCCUGGGUACCAUCAGCAGCCCUGGAGGCCUGGAACCAUUUCCUCUGGCAACACGUGUGAAGAAUGUAAUUGUCACAACAAAGCCAAAGACUGUUACUAUGAUGAAAGUGUCGCGAGUCAGCAGAGAAGCUUGAACACGGCAGGGCAGUUCCAGGGAGGAGGCGUCUGCAUCAAUUGCCUGCAGAACACCACGGGGAUCAACUGUGAGACCUGCAUUGAUGGGUACUACCGGCCACACAAAGUGUCUCCUUAUGAAGAUGAGCCUUGCCAUCCCUGUGACUGUGACCCUGUGGGCUCCCUUGGUCCUGUCUGUGUCAAGGACGACCAACAUUCUGACUUCCACAAUGGGAAGUGGCCGGGCCAGUGUCCAUGUAAGGAAGGUUAUGCAGGAGAAAAAUGUGACCGCUGCCAGUUUGGCUAUCGGGGUUACCCAAGCUGCAUCCGCUGUGACUGCAGUCCAGCUGGCAGUGUGAACGAGGAUCCCUGCAUAGAGCCGUGUCUUUGUAAGGACAAUGUCGAGGGGAAAAACUGUGAUCGCUGUAAGCCAGGAUUCUAUAACCUGAAGGAAAGAAAUCCCCAGGGCUGUUCUGAGUGCUUCUGCUUCGGCGUCUCUGAUGUCUGUGACAGCCUUUCUUGGCCCAUCGGUCAGGUGAGCGAUAUGUCUGGGUGGCUGGUCACUGACUUGAUCAGUCCAAAUAGGAUCCAGUCUCAGCAGGAUACGCGGGGUGGGCGCCAUCAGAUCAGUAUCAACAACACAGUGGUCAUGCAGAGGCUGGCUUCCAAGUCCUACUGGUCAGCCCCCGAGGCCUACCUGGGAAAUAAGCUGACUGCAUUUGGUGGCUUCCUGAAAUACACUGUGUCUUACGACAUUCCAGUGGAGACAGUGGACAGUGACCUCAUGUCUCACACCGACGUCAUCAUCAAGGGAAAUGGACUCACUUUGAGCACCCAGGCUGAAGGCCUCUCACUGCAACCCUAUGAAGAGUACUUCAACAUGGUUAGACUUGUGCCUGAGAACUUCCGAGACUUUAACACCAAAAAGGAGGUUGAUCGCGAUCAGUUCAUGACCCUCCUUGCCAAUGUGACACAUCUCUUGAUCAGAGCCAACUACAAUUCUGCGAAAAUGGCUCUUUACAGGCUGGAUUCUGUCUCUGUGGACACGGCGAGCCCCAAUGCUAUCGACCUGGCAGUAGCCACUGACGUGGAGCACUGUGAAUGUCCCCAUGGCCACAUAGGGACCUCCUGUGAGUCCUGCCUCCCCGGCUAUUAUCGAGUAGAUGGAAUACUGUUUGGAGGAAUCUGUCAGCCGUGUCAGUGCCAUGGCCAUGCCUCAGAGUGCGACAUUCACGGCAUUUGCUUUGCGUGUGCACACAAUACCAGCGGGGACCACUGUGAGCAGUGUCUGCCUGGCUUCUAUGGAAUGCCUUCAAGAGGCACACCUGGGGACUGCCAGCCUUGCGCCUGCCCUCUCUCCACAGCCUCCAACAAUUUCAGCCCCACCUGCCACCUCACAGAUGGAGACGAAGUGGUGUGUGACCAGUGCGCUCUGGGCUACUCGGGAGCUUGGUGCGAGAGAUGUGCAGAUGGUUACUAUGGAAACCCCACGGUGCCUGGGGAAUCCUGUGUACCGUGUGACUGUAGUGGCAACGUCAACCCCUCUGAGGCUGGCCACUGUGACUCUGUCACCGGGGAAUGCCUGAAGUGCUUGGGGAACACAGACGGUGCCCACUGUGAAAGGUGCGCAGAUGGCUUCUAUGGAGAUGCUGUGACUGCCAAAAACUGCCAUGCCUGUGAGUGCCAUGAAAAUGGCUCCCUUUCUUACAUGUGCCAUCUUGACACUGGACUCUGUGACUGCAAACCCUACGUGACCGGACGGCAGUGUGACCAGUGCCUGCCUGGCUAUUAUGGGUUGGACACAGGGCCUGGCUGCCUGCCCUGUAACUGCAGCGUUGCCGGCUCCACAUCAGACAACUGCACCGAUGAAGGUCAAUGUCACUGCAUGCCAGGUGUAGCUGGGAAAAAGUGCAACAGGUGUUCACAUGGCUUCUAUGCCUACCAGGAUGGUGGCUGUACACCCUGUGACUGUGCUCAUACUCACAAUAACUGUGACCCCGAGUCUGGAGAGUGCCUCUGCCCACCUCAUACUCAGGGCCUGCAAUGUGAGGAGUGCGAAGAGGCACACUGGGGCCGGGACCCAGAGCGGGGCUGCCAGGCCUGCAACUGCAGCCACAAGGGCUCCGCCAGUCCCCAGUGUGACCUGCUCUCUGGCCAGUGCCAGUGCAAGGCUGAGUUUGGCGGGUGGCACUGCGAGCAGUGCUCCUUGGGUCACAGAGGCUUUCCUGACUGUGUAUCCUGUGACUGCGACCCCAGGGGCACUCAGGCUGACACCUGUGACCUGGAACAGGGUGUCUGCAGCUGUGCAGAGGACACGGGUGCCUGCUCUUGCAAGGAGAAUGUCUUUGGUCCCCAGUGCCACCAGUGUCGAGUUGGCACCUUCGCCCUGCGUGCAGAUGAUCCUCUGGGGUGCAGCCCCUGCUUCUGCUUUGGGCUGUCACAGCUCUGCUCAGAACUGGAGGGUUACGUGAGAACCCCGGUGACACUGGCUCCUGAUGGGCCUCUUCUGCAUGUGGUGUCACUGAGUGACCUGAGGGGCACCACCGAGGGGGUGUAUUUCCAGGCCCCUGACAUCUUGCUGGAUGCUGAGACUGUCCAUCAGCACGUCCACGCAGAGCCGUUUUAUUGGCGGUUGCCAGAGCAGUUCCAGGGAGACCAGCUCCUGGCCUAUGGUGGCAAACUAAGGUACAGUGUGGCCUUCUACUCUUCUGAUGGCAUUGGCACCUCUAAUUACGAGCCUCAAGUUCUCAUCAAAGGAGGCCGGACCAGGAAGCAAGUCAUUUACAUGGAUGCUCCAGCCCCAGACAACGGAGUGAGAAAGGAUCAAGAAGUGGGAAUGAAAGAGGAUUUUUGGAAGUAUUUUAACUCUGUCUCUGAGAAACCAGUCACACACUCAGAUUUUAUGUCUGUCCUCAGCAAUAUUGAGUACAUUCUUAUCAAGGCAUCGUAUGGUCAAGGAUUACAGCAAAGCAGAAUCUCAAAUAUUUCGAUGGAGGUUGGCAGAAAGGCAGUUGAGCUGCAUCCCGAGGGAGAGGUGGCAUCUCUGUUAGAGAACUGUCUCUGUCCUCCUGGCACAGCUGGCUUCUCCUGUCAGGACUGUGCCGCUGGGUACCACAGAGGGAAGCUCCCGGAACAUGGUGGCAGGGGACCCCAUCCUCUACUUGCUCCUUGUGUACCUUGCAGUUGCAACAAUCACAGUGACACCUGUGACCCUGAAACUGGAAAGUGUCUGGUAUGCUUGCUUGCGUGGGCACUGGACUGAAGUUUAGAGUCAGGGUGGAUGCUUGAGUGUUUGAAUGUCUGGUCUGUACUUCUGACUAUAGACCAGUUCCUUGGUUUAAUGGGAGGUUACAUUUACAUAAAUAUCAAAUAAGAAAGGCUUAACUCAGUAAUUUGCCAUUGCCAGUGGAAAUUAUUUUAUAAAUCUUACUUCCUUGAGGAAUUUGUUGGUGGGCAUCAACUGACAAUUAGUUCAAUGUGUCUUGUUCUAAUUUGCAA